GCCUCGGAGGAGGGGCAGGGCGGUGGUCCUGGGCUGGCUGCCCACGGAUCUGUGGGUCCAGCCAGGCUCUGUGUAAUGCGCCCCCGGAACGCCGAGGAGGGAGGAAGAGGCUGGUCCUUGAGGAGAUAAGGACGCAGGGCGCCGGCGCCAUGGCCUCGCCGCCGGCCCCGCCGCUGGAGGAGGACGAGAGCCUGCGGGGCUGCGAGCUGUACGUGCAGCGGCACGGCGUGCAGCAGGUGCUGAGGGACUGCAUCGUGCACCUGUGCGUGGCCAAGCCCGAGCGCCCCAUGCGCUUCCUGCGGGAGCACUUCGAGAAGCUGGAGAAGGAAGAGAACAGACAGAUUUCGGCUCAGAAGUCAGCCUCCCAGUCCGACUCGCACGACGAGGAGGCCUCCCCGACGCUGCCGAACCCCGCGGUGAAAGCCCGCUGCCGCCGCGGGGGCGUGAGCGCCGAGGUGUACACGGAGGAGGACGCCGUGUCCUACGUCCGGAAGGUCAUCCCCAAGGACUAUAAGACCAUGACGGCGCUGGCCAAGGCCAUCUCCAGGAACGUGCUGUUCGCUCACCUGGACGACAACGAGAGGAGCGACAUAUUCGACGCCAUGUUCCCUGUCACGCACAUCGCCGGGGAGACCGUCAUCCAGCAAGGGGACGAAGGCGACAACUUCUACGUCAUCGACCAAGGCGAGGUGGACGUGCACGUGAACGGAGCCUGGGCGACCGGCAUCAGCGAGGGCGGCAGCUUCGGGGAGCUGGCCCUGAUCUACGGCACCCCCAGGGCGGCGACCGUGAGCGCCAGGACCGGCCUCAAGCUCUGGGGCCUGGACCGCGACAGCUACCGCCGCAUCCUCAUGGGCAGCACGCUGCGGAAGCGCAAGAUGUACGAGGAGUUCCUCAGCAAGGUCUCCAUCCUCGAGUCCCUGGAGAAGUGGGAGCGCCUGACGGUGGCCGACGCCCUGGAGCCGGCCCAGUUUGAGGACGGAGAGAAGAUCGUGGUUCAGGGGGAGCCCGGCGAUGACUUCUUCAUCAUCACGGAGGGCACGGCCUCGGUCCUCCAGCGCAGGUCCCCGCACGAGGAGUACAUGGAGGUGGGGCGCCUGGGGCCCUCCGACUACUUCGGGGAGAUCGCGCUGCUCCUGAACAGGCCGCGGGCGGCCACCGUGGUGGCCCGGGGCCCCCUCAAGUGCGUGAGGCUGGACCGGCCCCGCUUCGAGCGCGUGCUGGGGCCCUGCUCCGAGAUCCUGCAGCGGAACAUCCAGCGCUACAACAGCUUCAUCUCCCUGACCGUCUGAGCCCUGCCGCCCGCCUGCUGCCCGCCGCCCGCUCCCGUGUGCCGGCUCCUCU